CUCUGUCAAGGCCAUUUGCUUACAAGCGUGAUUGUCGCGUACACCACCAACCUUCAGUCAAAGAUUGUAUCCAGUUUGCUCAGCUACCGAAACGAUUUCUAACGGCGCUAGAUUCUGGCACGAUGUAUCGAGCUGGUCGUGUUGUGAGUGCCAUUUCCAGAUUUACGCGACAACAAGCAAGUUUUGACAACAGAGGUGUGAUUCUCGCCAUUCAAAAGAGCUACUCAUCAGAUACAACAAAUUUUGACAAGCUAUUCCCCAAACAUGACACUUUUGCCGAACGCCACAUUGGACCAGUCGAGGCGGAAAAGGAAGCAAUGUUGAAUGCCGUGGGUGUACAAUCCAUGGCAGAGCUUAUCAGCAAGACAGUUCCAGAAAAUAUCCGUCUCAACAGAGACCUGAAGCUUGAAGAGGAACUAGGUGAACAUGAGCUGAUUGUGAGACUGACUAAGAUGGCGGAGGAGAACCAGGUGUGGCGCAGCUACAUUGGGGUGGGCUACUACAACACAUACACACCCUACACCAUACUGAGGAACAUCUUCGAGAACCCGGGCUGGGUGACCCAGUACACACCCUACCAGGCUGAGCUGGCACAGGGCCGCCUGGAGAGUCUCCUCAACUACCAGACCAUGGUGUGCGACAUGACAGCACUCCCCAUCUCAAAUGCUUCUCUCCUGGACGAGGCAACAGCAGCAGCUGAAGCCAUGUCCGUCUGCUACAGACAAAACAAGAGAAGGCGAUUCUACAUUGACAACAAGUGUCACCCCCAAAAUAUUGCAGUUGUGGAAACCAGAGCACAUGCACUGGGGAUUGACAUUGUGCGAAGCAACUGGCAAGAGAUGGACUUCAGUGGGCAGGAUUUCAGUGGUGUCCUGAUCCAGUAUCCCAACACAGAUGGCAGCAUCGAGGACUACGCUCAACUCGUUGCUACUGCUCAUGCUCACGGGACCCUGGUGGUGUGCGCUACAGACCUACUGGCUCUCACUAUUCUGAGACCCCCAGGGGAGCUGGAGAUGGACAUUGCUGUGGGAACCACCCAGAGGUUUGGCAUCCCCCUGGGUUAUGGGGGGCCCCACGCGGGCUUCUUCGCCUGUAAGGGAUCCUUCAUGAGGAUGAUGCCAGGCAGGAUGAUUGGAGUUACCAGAGACUCAAGUGGCCGUGAUGCUCUGAGGCUCGCCUUACAGACUAGGGAGCAGCACAUCAGGAGAGACAAGGCCACAAGCAACAUCUGCACAGCACAGGCUCUGUUGGCUAAUAUGUCUGCCAUGUAUGCUGUCUACCAUGGGGCUGAGGGACUGCGACACAUUGGAAGCAGAGUGCAUCAUGGUGCACUGAUUCUGGCUGAAGGCAUCAAGCUGGCAGGUCAUGCUCUUUCCUCUGAGGAUUUUUUUGACACUGUCAAAUUUCUACCCGGUCGGGGCCAGGAUCAUAUUCGUGAGCAAGCUGAAGCUAAACAGAUCAAUCUUCGCUACUACAGUGAUGGCCAUGUUGGCGUGUCUUUAGAUGAGACUGUGGAGAGAGAUGACUUGUCUGACCUGCUUCAGGUCAUCGGGUCACCAAAGUCAGCGGAGGAGAUAAGUGAUGAGCUUGGCACCAACCCUAACACCAGUCUCCAUAAUAGUCAACACCGGAGGACCAGCGACUUCCUCACUCAUUCGGUCUUCAAGAGGUAUCAAUCUGAGACGAACAUCGUGCGCUACAUGAAGCAGCUUGAGAACAAGGACCUGUCGCUUGUCCACUCCAUGAUUCCACUUGGGUCCUGCACCAUGAAGCUCAACAGCACCACCGAGAUGAUGCCGUGUUCAUGGAAGGAGUUUGCCUGCAUCCACCCAUUUGUCCCCCAAGAACAGACUCUUGGCUACCAGCAGAUGUUUGAGGAACUCGAGGCUGACCUGUGCGAGAUCACAGGCUAUGACAAGAUUUCAUUUCAGCCAAACAGCGGAGCACAAGGGGAGUAUGCGGGACUGAGGGCCAUCAUGGCCUACUUGAAGGCCCAGGGAGAAGAUCAGAGAAAUGUUUGCCUGAUCCCAGUGUCUGCCCAUGGCACCAACCCUGCCAGUGCCCAGAUGGCCGGCAUGAAGAUCCAGCCCAUCAAUGUGGACAAGGGUGGACAUGUUGACAUGAAGCACUUGGACGCUAUGAUUGCGAAGCACACUGACCACCUUGCCUGUUUGAUGAUCACCUACCCCUCUACACAUGGCGUCUUCGACAAGGACAUCAGGAUGAUCUGUGACAUGAUCCACCACUACGGGGGCCAGGUGUAUCUGGAUGGAGCCAACAUGAAUGCACAGGUUGGUAUCUGUCGUCCUGGUGACUACGGCUCUGACGUGUCCCAUCUGAACCUUCACAAGACCUUCUGCAUCCCCCACGGAGGAGGGGGACCGGGAAUGGGACCCAUCGGAGUGAAGAAGCACCUUGCCCCAUACCUACCCACACAUCCCAUAAUACCUCCAUAUGGCACAACCGGUCCAGAGGCGCAGUCCUUCGGCGUGGUAUCAGCAGCCCCCUUUGGCUCCAGUGCAAUCCUCCCCAUCUCCUGGGCUUACAUCAAGAUGAUGGGGGCGGAGGGGCUGCGUCAUGCUUCAGAGAUUGCCAUCCUCAACGCAAACUACAUGAGCAGGAGACUUAACGGCCAUUUUAAGACUCUGUAUACAAAUGAAGAAGGCUUUGUUGCUCAUGAAUUCAUCAUUGACUGUAGAGAAUUCAAGAAGAAUUCCAACAUAGAAGUGGUGGACAUAGCCAAGAGGCUUCAGGACUAUGGCUUCCACUCUCCGACCAUGUCAUGGCCAGUUGCAGGGACACUGAUGAUUGAGCCCACAGAGUCCGAAGACAAGGGCGAGCUAGACCGGCUGUGUGAUGCUCUCAUUGCAAUCAGGAAGGAAAUUCAUGACAUUGAGACUGGCAAACUUGACAUGAACAUCAACCCACUGAAGAUGUCCCCUCACACUCAGGCAGAUGUGAUGUCCUCCAACUGGGACCGGCCCUACACCAGGGAACAGGCCGCCUUCCCCGCACGAUUUGUACGCCCGGAGACCAAGUUCUGGCCCACUGUUGGACGCAUUGAUGACAUAUACGGCGACCAAAACGUGGUCUGCACAUGUCCUCCAAUGGAGGCAUAUGAAUCACCAUUUGCUGAUACAAAAAAUGUGCAAAGAAGUGCAAACUGAACCAAAGUGAACUAUAAACAAGACUCAUUACGCCACAAGAUGUCUUGUUUUCUGGAUGAGCUGCCCUAAACCAAAAACAAAUGUACAAUCAUAGUGAUUGAACAUUGAGAUUCUUUUGAAUAUUGUGCUUCAACAUUUUCAGUAAAUUUAUAUGAAAAAGAUUAAAUUAUUGUGUUCACAUCUUGGAAAAGUAUUCAUGAGACAAGAAAGUUGUUCUGUCGUCCUGAUAGUGGUAAAUCCAUGUAUCAACCAAAGUUGUUUUUGCUCUGUAUGAUUUCAUUUUGUUAUAUAGAAUCAUUGUUUAUUGUAGUACACUAAUACCUCCUUGAGUUUGAAAUAACAGGGAUGAUUUUAUUGACUGUUUCAAUAAGUGCUCAAUCAUGUUACCAUUUCCAUUUUGUGGAAUUGAAAAGGCAUUCCAUUAACAUUAUUAAAAUAAUCAAUAGUUGUUAAGAAUUUCAUCAAACCAUUUUAAGCUAA